UCUUUCAGACCCCACAAAAAGGUAGAAGGCUGAAGAAGAAGAUCGAUCAGAUGGAAGGUAUGAGCGGAAACAAUGGAGGUGGUGGGCCUUGCGGGGCUUGCAAAUUCCUUCGCAGAAAGUGCGUAAAAGGAUGCAUCUUUGCACCAUACUUCGACGCAGACCAAGGCACUGCACACUUCGCCGCCGUGCACAAAGUGUUCGGCGCCAGCAACGCCUCAAAGCUUCUCAUGCGCAUACCCACUCACAAGCGGCUUGAUGCCGUCGUCACGCUGUGUUAUGAGGCCUUGGCUAGGGCUAGAGACCCUGUUUAUGGCUGCGUCGGACAUAUCUUUACUCUCCAACAGCAGGUAGUGAAUUUGCAAGCAGAGCUGGCUUACAUCCAGGCCAGGCUUUCUACCCUGCAGCGCCUAUCUAUGGCAGCACAACAGCCAUCUCCACCGCCACUGUCCACACCGGCACCAGCUAUCCAGGGAGAAAUUGGUUCGUCAAUAUUGGAAUUAAUCUCAACGGGUUUUAACCCUCUGCAAGUUCCGCCACCAUCAGCAACAGAAGCACUUAACAGAUCUUAUAGCAUGGCGGUGUUGGAUGAAACAGAAGUACAGGGGGAUCUGCAAGCUCUGGCUAGAGAAUUUGUGUGUAGGUAUUUGCCAGGAGUCAGGUUCAGGCCCUAAUUCAUUCAUCUCUCUAUCUACUCAUCCAUAUGUUUUUAACCUUUCUUCUCUAAUGAAUGCCAUCCAUCAGACCUGACUGGAAGCUGAAGCUUUUUUAUGAAUGUCAUUUUGGAAAGUAUGGCAGUAAGCAACUUCUUUAACCCAAUUACCACUUUCAUCUUCGUCUUAAAUACCAUCUUUAAAAAUUUUAAUCUGAUGGUUACAGCAAAACAGUGUUGUUAUGUCUUCUUAGGGCUUCAAGCCCACUAUGCAAAGCGUUGAUACUA